AUGGAGAGAGCGCGUAACACGUCAAAGGGCAAAAGAACGGCGUCGGGGUCGAUGCCAGCGGCAAGCUCACUGGAUCCCGCUUACGCCGUCAUUCUCCCGACGUACAACGAACGGGAAAACUUGCCGUUUGUAGUUGAGUUGAUACACCAAGCGUUCUCAAGCGUUAGUCUUGCGGAUCGCUAUCACCUUGUCAUCGUGGACGACAACUCACCGGACGGCACGCUACAAGUUGCCCGGGCGCUGCAAAAGCUCUACGGGGAAGAGCGUCUGACGCUUGCCCCACGCAGCGGCAAACUCGGCCUAGGGACAGCGUAUCGUCACGGACUACAAAGAGCACCGACGGCUUGCAGCAGGAUAUUUUUGUUCGACGCGGACCUUUCCCAUAAUCCACUCGCAAUACCCGCCUUCAUAGCGUGCAUGGAUAAGACCCAGGCGGAUAUCGUGACCGGUACGCGCUACCUGGGCACCGGUGGCGUCUGCGGCUGGGGCUGGAAGCGGAAAAUCACCUCGAGCGCAGCGAACCUGCUCACGCAGUGGCUCUUGGACCCCGGUGUUAGCGAUGUGACUGGAAGCUUUCGCCUUUAUCGUCGCGAGGCAUUGGAGCAACUCCUGGAGGCGGUGCACUCGCGAGGCUAUGUGUUUCAAAUGGAGGCCAUGGUUCGGGCGACUCGCCAGUUUCAAUACCAUGUCGCUGAGGUGCCCAUUGUUUUCGUCGAUCGAAUGUGGUACGGCCAGAGCAAACUCGGCUACCGGGAAAUCGUCGAGUACCUUCUGACGUUGUGGCAACUCGUGUGGCUCGCGUGA